CUUGAAAAGGGAAACGGUCUACAAAAUGAUGACGCAAAAAGCAAACAUUUUCAAAAUAUUACUCUUAAUAAUUUUGCUUGCCAUAACCACACGAGAGCUGCAAGCGAACCAUAUACGCACGAAAGAAGCGCAAAAAGACUUGAGCGACGCUAAUAAAUUGCGCGCAAAACGUGAACACAGCACAAGCGGUGGCGCGCCAAAUGAUUACGGACCCGCCAUAAAAAUCACUUCCAGCAUUUUACAACUCACCAAAUCAGCAGCUGAGGGUAGCAGCAGCUCGGGCGAUAUUGGUUUGCAACAUCAUGAGACAACGCUUGAGCAUCCCUGGCCAGCAACUAGCGGCUUAGAGUUGCCCACUACCCAAACUGUAUGGUUGGAAUUGUCUGGUGGACCACAGACGGAUUUUCAUUUGAUUGCCGUGCCGGAUGUAAGUAAUGCUCAUAUUCCGCAAGCCCAUGACUUUGGUGGUGGUCUUAGUGGGUCAGCACCCAACAACAACGAUUCGGGUUCCACUCUAUCGAAGGGUUUGCAUACGCAGAUCAUCAGCAGCGGUAAAGGUACUACGCAAGUCAGUGACAAUCUAGACUUUGGCGAUGUGGCGGAGGGUAAAGCGAAGGGCAAUUAUCGCAUAUCGUAUGGUAGAUAAGAAGAAAAAUUGAUUUGAGGAUUUGUACCUCAGUUUUUGUGUUAUGA